AUGAUCGGCUUUUUGUCAAGAACUUGCCCCGACCGCCUUCCUCUACUGCUCGUUCUCUCUUCAACUUCCCUUUCAUUCCUUCUCACUUCGACAAACCCUUUCUCUUCUUCUCAGUUCUCGACAUCGACAGCUUCUCCCACCUCCUACGUUUCUCUUGGCGUUGGCACCUCCCACAUCUCACCUCCGUCCAGCCCCACCCCGCCGUCUAACGCUUUCCAUCGACACCCAGCCGGUGGAGCCCCUCCUCUCCGGCACUUUCCAGCGAGACCCAGCCGGUGGAGUCCCUCCUCUCCGACAGUCUUAGACGAGAUCCGGCGACUCACCAAGACUUCCCAGCGGUGUCGCCGACAAUUCUCCGUCGCAAUUAAACCCCUUGUGUCGAUGCUCCGCUCUCCAUCACCAGAAGCCAACGAAGCUGCCCUGCUCGCCCUUCUUAACCUCGCUGUUAAGGACGAAACGAGAACAUAUGAACUCGUUGAUGGCCCUAACACCACCCACAUGAGUGCUACUGUUCUUGACAGAUGGGAAAAGAGAGUCGAAGAUCUCUUUAAUGGACGACCCUUUGACAUGCUUGAUGCUGCCCUCACAGACACCUUUCAAAAGUUCCCACUAGACAUUAAGCCGUUCAGAGAUAUGAUUGAGGGAAUGAGGAUGGAAACCAAGAAAAGUCGCUAUGAAAAUUAUCAAGAACUUUACCUAUAUUGCUACUAUGUUGCUGGAACAGUUGCUCUGAUGACUGUUCCUGUCAUGGGUAUCUCCCCUGAAUCAUCAUCACAUGCAUCAAGCAUCUAUAAUUCUGCUCUCAGUCUUGGCAUCGGAAAUCAGCUCACGAAUAUCCUUAGAGAUAUAGGAGAAGAGUAA